CAGUGCUGCCAGCCUGCGCACAUGCUUUGUGGUGUUUUUUAGUGCUAAAAUAUCGUAAACAGCAAACAGCAAUUUUUGCUAAAUAUUCUCCUGUACCUUGAUUUAUUAACAAAGAAGUGUUAUUUGUUUAUUAAAAUGGCAACCGAAGAGGAGCAGCUCAGUCAGGUAAUUUUGCCGGUGAAGGAGCCGCUAGAUCUGAUUCGCCUGAGCUUGGACGAAAAGGUGUACGUGAAGAUGCGCAAUGAGCGGGAGCUGCGAGGGCGUCUACAUGCUUUUGAUCAGCAUCUGAACAUGGUGCUGGGCGAUGCAGAGGAGACCGUCACCACUGUGGAGAUCGAUGAAGAAACGUACGAGGAGGUUUACAAGACUACAAAACGCACCAUUCCCAUGCUGUUUGUGCGAGGAGAUGGCGUUAUACUGGUAUCGCCACCCAUGAGGGUUGGCUAGCGCGUUCUAUUAUGUUAAUUUAGAUCCCCUGAAUUUUAUACGAAUUGUAUUUAAUAAUAAAAAUCACUUGAGAUUGUGCGUUCAA